AUGUCAAGCGAAAAUACAACGCAGGGAAAACGGCUUAUCAUAUGCUGUGACGGAACGUCUAAUGACAGUGAAGACGAAGCAUUGACGAAUGUUGCUCGAAUCUCUCGAUGCAUAGACAAUACAACGCAUGGCGAUUUCGUGCAGAUCACUCUCUAUAUGCGCGGGAUAGGCACAGGCACAUCAAGAUGGGCGAAUUGGAGGGACCAAAUUGUAGGCAGAGGGAUCGAUUAUGAUAUUCGUGAGGCGUAUAAAUUUAUAUGCACUAAUUACUCGGAUACACGCGACGAAAUAGUACUUAUAGGUUUCUCUCGAGGAGCCUUCACCGUUCGUGCUGUUGCCAAAAUAAUAAACGACAUCGGAUUACUCAGGAGUACGGGACUUCGAUUCCUCGGCGAACUAUACAGCUUGUGGGAAAAGCAGCCCAAGGGAGGCGAGGAAAUGCCUGCCCACGUUGCGCAGCCGGAAUUUAAGAAGCUCUCUUUCGUCAAUUCAGAAGAGAUUUGGCCAAAUGUUAAACGGGCCAUACAGGCGUUGGCCCUUGAUGAGGACCGAAGACACUUCAAACCUCUUCUGUGGAAGCCUAAGGAAGGCCAUCAGUUGGAGCAGUACUGGUUUCGCGGCACUCACAGUGACGUUGGAGGCGGAAACAAGGACGCAACUCUAGCUAACAUCACGCUGGUGUGGAUGAUCUCACAGCUGAAAGGAGAUGUCAAUUUCAAUGAGAACGCUGUUCGUGCCUUGAUUAUGGAAGACAGCGUAUCGCGGACGCGUUCCAACCCGUCAUUGCUAAAUGGAUUGGAGAAACUCGAGAUCACGAUCCGAAUGCCGCGUAAAACGUUGCAAAAGAACUCAGGUAAGCUUCGAUCGCCAAUAAGACUCUUCUUUACUAAGAUAUAA